UGCUCAUAAAACCAUAUGAUAUCCUCUGGUGGGACAAUGGAAAUCACAAAAAUAUUUGCAUAUUUUGUCAUUGCCCUCUUCUUUCUUUUUGCAUCAACCCAGUACUUAGUGACUAGCCUUAAUGUUAGUACUCUUUGCAUUAAGGAAGAGAGAGUGGCACUCCUUAAAAUCAAAAAAGAUCUCAAGGAUCCUUCAAAUUGCCUUUCUUCAUGGGUUGGGGAAGAUUGUUGUAAUUGGAAGGGUAUAGAAUGUGACAACCAAACUGGUCAUGUUCAAAAGUUUGAGCUCCGGCGUUAUCUUAUCUGCACCAAAACUAUUAAUAUACUGUCAUCGCCUUCCUUUGGUGGUAAGAUAAAUCCUUCAUUGGCUGACUUGAAACACUUGAGUCACUUGGACCUAAGCUAUAGUGACUUUGAAGGAGCUCCCAUUCCAGAAUUUAUUGGUUAUCUCAAUAUGCUCAAUUACCUUGACUUGUCCAAUGCAAAUUUCACUGGAAUGGUCCCGACUAAUCUUGGCAAUUUAUCAAAUUUACACUAUCUUGAUAUCUCUAGCCCAUAUUCGUCACUUUGGGCUAGAGACUUAAGCUGGCUAUCUGCUCUGUCUUCGCUUCGAUAUCUUGACAUGAAUUUUGUAAACAUUACCAACUCGCCACAUGAGUUGUUCCAAGUUGUGAAUAAGAUGUCAUAUUUGUUAGAAUUGCAUUUGGCUUCUUGCAAUCUUGGCGCUCUCCCUCCAUCGUCACCAUUUUUAAAUUCUACAUCACUUUCUGUGCUUGAUCUCUCUGGAAAUCAUUUUAAUUCCUCAAUACCUUCUUGGAUGUUCAACAUGAGCACCCUCACAGAUCUUUCUCUUUCUUCAACAUCUUUAACCCGUCGCAUGCCUUCUAUGCUUGGAAGAUGGAAGCUCUGCAAGCUUCAAUUUCUAUACUUGUCGUAUAAUUCUCUUAUUGCUGAUAUGACUGAAAUGAUUGAGGCAAUGUCUUGUAGCAACCAAAGUCUGAAGAGUUUAGAUUUAAGUCAAAAUCAACUAUUUGGGAAUUUGCCCAAUAGUUUAGGUCAGUUUAAAAAUUUGUUUAGUCUUGAUCUAUCAAAAAACUCAUGGAACACACACUCAGGUGUCUCAGGUCCUAUACCAGCAUCUAUAGGAAACUUAUCAAAUUUGAAUUCUCUGAGCUUGGAAGGCAACAUGUUGAAUGGGACAAUUCCUGAAAGUAUCGGUCAACUAACAGAUUUGUUUUCUCUAAACUUACUUGACAAUUAUUGGGAAGGUAUAAUGACAAAUAUUCAUUUUCAUAAUCUCUCAAACCUACGUAGUUUAUCUGUGUCAUCUAAAAAGAAUACACUUGCUUUGAAAGUGACAAAUGACUGGGUUCCAGCUUUUAAGAAUUUGUCUUAUGUCGAAAUUCGUGAUUGUAAAGUUGGUCCGACCUUUCCUAAUUGGCUCACAAACCAAGUCCAGUUAAAUGACAUAAUCCUAGAAAAUGCUGGAAUUUCCGGUGAGAUACCCCAUUGGCUUUACAAUAUAUCCUCCCGAAUUGGAAUUCUAGAUCUUUCUCGCAACAAAAUAAGCGAUUAUCUUCCCAAAGAAAUGAAUUUCACUUCCUCAAAUUAUCCCAGAGUUGACUUUUCUCAUAACCAGUUAAAGGGCUCAAUCCAAAUCUGGUCUGAUUUGAGUGCUCUCUACCUAAGGAACAACUCUUUGUCUGGAACAUUCCCUACCAAUAUUGGCAAAGAGAUGUCAUAUUUAAGGUACUUGGAUCUCUCACAUAACUAUCUGAAAGGUAGCAUUCCACUAUCUUUAAAUAAGAUCCAAAAUUUGAGUUAUCUUGAUCUAUCCAGCAACUAUUUUACAGGGGAAAUCCCCAAAUUUUUGAUGGGUAUGCAUAGCUUAAACAUCAUUGAUCUAUCCAACAAUUGGUUGGUAGGUGGGAUUCCAACUUCAAUUUGCUCAAUACCUUUACUCUUUAUCUUAGAACUGAGUAACAAUAAUCUCUCUGCAGAUUUGUCUUCUGCCUUCCAUAAUUGUAUUUCGCUGGAAACUCUCUCGCUACGAAACAACAAAUUUCAUGGGUCCAUACCAAAUGAGAUAAGAAAAAAUGUUCCUUCCCUUUCAGAGUUACUGUUACGGAGCAAUACAUUAACAGGAAGCAUUCCUGAAGAGUUGUGUCAUCUACCUUCACUCAGUGUAUUGGAUCUUGCAGAAAACGACCUCUCAGGAUCGAUACCAUCAUGUUUGGGGGAUAUAAAUGGUUUUAAAGUGCCACAAACUCCAUUUGUUUAUCCGGUGUAUUCGGACCUCACUCAGGGAUACGUACCAUACACCAGACACACAGAGUUGGUCAUCGGUGGGAAAGUGAUUGAAUACACGAAAGAAAUGCCUGUGCAUUCCAUAAUUGAUUUCUCUAAGAAUUAUCUUUCUGGAGAGAUACCAGAGAACAUAACACAACUGAUUCACUUGGGCGCUCUAAAUUUGUCCUGGAAUCAGCUUACUGGGAAUAUACCCAGCAAGAUUGGAUCACUAACAGAUUUAGAAUAUCUUGAUCUUUCACAUAACAAUCUUUCAGGUCCAAUCCCUCCAAACAUGGCUUCCAUGACAUUUCUGAGUCGUUUGAACUUGUCAUACAACAAUCUCUCUGGAAGAAUUCCGUUAGCUAAUCAGUUUGGAACCUUUGAUGCAUCAAUUUAUAUAGGCAACCCAGAGUUGUGUGGAGAUCAUUUACAGAAAAAUUGCUCAUCAUUGUUGCCUGGAAAUGGAGAACAAGAAAUAAAACAUCAAGAUAGUGAAGAUGGGGAUGAUGACAAGGCUGAAAGAUUUGGAUUAUAUGCAAGCAUAGCAGUCGGGUAUAUUACCGGCUUCUGGAUUGUGUGUGGAAGCUUAAUGCUAAAGAGGUCUUGGAGACAUGCAUAUUUCAAUUUUGUAUAUGACACAAGAGAUAAACUUCUGGUUUUGAUGGCAAUUAAUUUACCGCGUCUAAAGCGCAAGUUUGGAUUGGAAAGCAACUAAUACCGUAAUAUAUUUAAUUAUUUACCAUUUCUUUUGUUUGAACUUUGCAGUCGAUCAUCAUUAAUAUAUUUUGCAUGUGUGGAUUGUUUAAAUUUCUGAAUAUAUUUGGACUGGUGACUCUUGGGUGAACA